UAUUUUUUUUUUUUUUUGACAUUUAAAUUUUUGAAGGAAUUACUUUACACAUUUUACACAUUCGCUGUUUAACGUUGUCUUUGGUGUUAGUGCUCAGCAGUUGAUUUGCUUAAUCGAAUAACGGAUUCAUAACGUUGCGGACGCGCAAACAAAAGGAAUGUGUGCAGUGUGGAAAAGUCACGCAAAAUCAAAAAGCAACAAAUAGAAAAGAAAAUUGUACAUAGUGCACAGUUACGUGCCGGUUUUGUGGUGAAACAAAUUCAUGCACUCAAUUUGUAUGUCGCGAAAAGCGCGGUAAAAAUAUGCGAAGAUCAAAGCAUAACUGUCGUUGUACCCACUAACGAGCCGUGCGUCGGGGUCUGUGUCAACACUUUGAUGUGAAAUCGUUUUAAUGGUUUCGCGCAUUAGCGGUGCAUUCGCGUAACCCCUUUGGGAAGUGAAAAAAGAAUUGAAAAUAUAAUUUUUUUAUUUACGAAAAAUAUGUAAGGAAAAGCCAAAUCAAUGUAAUGCUCUUCAUAAUAACGCAUUUUGUCUUAAUGCGGGCGUACAUAUGUCGUUUAUAAGAAUAAUAAAAUAAACACUUUUCGCAAAAAAAAGAGAAAAAAAAUUAAUUCACAAUAAAAAUGCACAUCUCAAGUGAAGUGAGCUCGACCACAAAUCACCAACAGCCGCCCUCGAGCAGUUCGGGUGGUGUGUCAGCGAAGCGCAGUGCCCAUGCCAACAACAAUAAUAAUAAUAAUAAUAACUCAAGUAGCAACAACAGCAAUAAUAAUAUUAGUGCAAAUAAUAAUAACAACAACAAUAGUGGUAAUAGUAACAGUAAAAAGCCGGUGGACACAAGUCCCUACUUGACACCGGAAAAUCUCCUCGAACGAACUGUAGAUGUACUGUUGGCCGAACAUCCGGGAGAGUUGGUGAAAACCGGUUCGCCGCAUGUGGUCUGCACAACACUGCCCACACAUUGGCGCUCGAAUAAAACGCUACCAAUUGCCUUUAAAGUACUCGCCCUCGGCGAGGUGAUGGAUGGUACGAUUGUGACGAUACGUGCGGGGAAUGAUGAAAAUUUCUGUGCGGAGCUGCGGAAUUGUACGGCCGUAAUGAAAAAUCAAGUGGCUAAAUUCAAUGAUUUGCGCUUCGUUGGACGCAGCGGACGGGGCAAAAGCUUCACCUUGAGCAUUGUGAUAUCUACAAAUCCCAUACAGAUUGCGACCUACAGCAAGGCCAUUAAAGUCACGGUGGAUGGUCCCCGCGAGCCGCGUUCGAAGGUGCGUCAUCAGGGUUUUCAUCCGUUUGCCUUUGGACCGCAACGCUUCGGACCGGGCGAUCCAUUGAUGGGCGGUUUGCCGUUUAAAUUUCCAGGUUUCGCACAUCAUCUCGUCGGAAUGCAUAGUCAUCUGCAUGCGCCCGAUUGGCGGGCGUUGAGCGCUGUGAGUAAUCCAGCGGCUUUAGCGCGACCAGGUUUCCCGCAUGCGGCGCCCUUCUUUCAUCACCAACAUCCUGCUUUUCAAGCGCAUAGCAUUGCUGGUAAUUUGGAGCGCCACCGGUUGGGCACAUUAAAUGAGUCGCAUCAUCACCUGACACAAUUGCGUCAAUUAUCCGUAGCACAUAGCACCACCAGCCCGGAAGGUUCGCCCACAACGACGACAGGUAACAUGAGCGGACAACCGUUGCUCACAACCUCCCCGCCUUUAACAACGACGAACAGUGAUAAUGAUAAUAAUAAUAAUGUAGAUACAGGUUUCGAGAGUGAUAGCAUAUCAGUGACGGGUUCACCAAGAAAGACAUCCUCGCUGCAUGAAGAUGACGAUGGGCGAAGCACAUCACCGCCUUCGAAUAGUGGCUCGGCAAGCGGUGGUGGCGGAGGUGCCUUCACCUCACUUAUACAACGAAAUACGACGCUGCGUAAAAAUGAAUUCUUCAACGGCUUUGCCUCACAGUUCACGCCCGCGGCGAAUAACUUUAAUCCCGCCUUAGCGGCGCAACUUUUUCUACAGAAUCCGCUUUUGCCACAGCCUAGUCAAUGGUUGUACACCCAGCUCUAUGGUAACUACAGUGAGUUUCCGUGGUUCCGCAACGCUGCUGCUGGUUCCGGCACGGCAGAGGGACUAACACAACCGUUACCCAGUACGGCGCAAGUGGACAUGCCAAGUUUGACAUCGACUGAAGCGACCUCUAGUGGCGUCAACUUGGUGAAGCGUUCUGUGACACUCAUCUCACACUCACCCGAUGCGGAGAAUGCAAAUCCGAACGCCUCACCGCCUGUAACAUCAACACGUCGUUCACCAUCGCCCGUAGAGACGAUCGAUUUAGACGAUGUGAGCACGACGUCACGCACUGAGCUGGAUCGCAGUGACUUUGGACCCAUACGUUGCCGUACACCAAAGUCGACGGAUGUCUGGCGUCCCUACUAGCGGCUGCGUAACGCCAUGGUGACGGCGUUGGGCUUAAAAGUGCUCGUAGAGCAGAGCGAAGAGGCUGUUGAUGAGCGCGUUGAGUUGAGCGCGAAGCAAUGAUACUCUAAAUGCGUGCAGUAAAGGAUACAUAGUUGUUUAUUGUUUAGAGUUGCCAUAUCGUAUUUCAGUGCAGGUUAAAGUGAUGAGUCUUUGAGAGAAGUGAACGAAAGAGUGUUUGGGAGAUUUAAAAAAAAGUUUAUGUAUUGUAAAAAAAAUAUGUAAAAAUUAGAAACGUUUUGUAAAACGAAGAAAAUCACAUAUCGAAUUUAUUAAAGAGAAAAUAUAAAAUUAUUACUAGAAAUAUAUGUAUA